AGUGAAAAUUUCAACUAACGGUGAUCUGAGUGGACCUACCUAAAAAGCUAAUCACCCAACUUAUCACAUCAAAGGUCCUCAUCUAAAUUAUAAUUACAAAAACUCCCAAUACCUACCAUCAUCUAUUUUUAAGUUGGAGUUGCCACACAUUAUCAGGCCAAAGCUUUUGCCUUAUCUCGUAUGAGCUUCGGUUUUCGAUAGAGAACUACUUACAUAAAAUUUAUACAGAGUUGCUGUGGUAUCAGGUAUGGGGCCAAUUUGGUUUCUGGUUUUGUAUCUUCUUUUAGCAACACCACCUUCAGUUCUUGCGGAGCUUCAGCAAGAAACUGAGCUGCGCCAUAAGCAGCCGGGCGUCCGGCUUGAAAUUCAUCAUGCUCGAGGACAUGGCAGCUCUUCUUUCAACGCUACACAUCUUUUAUCCCUCUCUGACUUACUCUCGCGCGAUGAGGAACGGGUCAUGGCUCUCCAAUCCAGACUAGUUAUAAGCAAGGACACGGGAGGCACGACUUCUGCCUCGUCCUCCAAGGAAGAUCCAGCAGGACAAAAAUCCAUCAACAUCCCUUUGAAGGCAGGCCUGUCGAUCGGUUCAGGCAAUUACCUAUUGAAAAUAGGCCUUGGCACCCCAGCCAAAUACUACACCUUGCUUCUCGACACGGGCAGCUCCUUCUCCUGGCUCCAGUGCCAGCCUUGUUCUGUUUACUGCCAUAACCAGGUAGACCCCCUCUUUGAUCCCUCACAAUCCAAGACUUACAAAAAGCUCACAUGCGGCACCUCCCAGUGCUCUUUGCUCACUGAAGCCACCCUCAACAAACCCUUCUGUUCUAGAUCUGCUAAUACUUGUAUCUACACGGCAAGCUACGGCGAUAGUUCCUAUUCUAUAGGUUAUUUGAGUGAAGACUUGCUUACCUUAGCUCCAUCUCAGACACUGCCCCGUUUCGUUUAUGGUUGUGGACAAGACAACCAGGGAUUGUUCGGAAAAACCGAUGGUAUAGUGGGCCUAGCCCGUGACCAGCUCUCAUUGUUGGGUCAACUGUCUUCAAAAUACGGCUAUGCAUUCUCCUACUGUCUCCCCGAAGCUUUUACUUCAUCUACCGGAGUGGGUUUCUUGUCCUUUGGAGAAUCGUCUUUGGCAGCAUCUCCGGCGUACAAGUUCACUCCCAUGUUGACGGAUUCUAAAAACCCAAGUUUAUACUUCCUGAGGUUGGCAGCCAUAACUGUUGCAGGUGUGCCGCUGAGAGUUGGUGCCGUCCAGUACAGGGUUUCUACCAUUAUAGAUUCUGGAACUGUCAUAACGCGCCUGCCUGCAGCCGUAUAUACUGCACUGCAGCAAGCCUUUGUAAGUAUCAUGUCCAAAAGGUACGCCCAAGCGCCAGCGUAUUCCAUAUUGGAUACUUGUUUCAAGGGGAGUCUCAAAAGCUUGUCUGUGGUGCCCCAAAUUCAAUUCAUAUUCCAAGGAGGAGCUGACCUCACACUUAAAGCUUCCAAUAUCCUCAUAGAAGCUGACAAAGGCAUUUCAUGCCUGGCCUUUGCAGGUAGUUCCCAAAUUGCCAUUAUUGGGAAUCAUCAACAGCAGACGUUUAGUGUAGCCUACGAUGUCACCAGGUCCAGAAUUGGUUUCGCUGCUGGUGGAUGCCAUUGAUGAGUAAUGGCUUUGUAUGAUGACUAUAUGUUGAUAAGAUGGUGCUGAAUAUAUACGAGGAAACAAUCAUCUCUCCUAUUUCUAAGACAUAUAAAGGUAUUGGCAAAUAAAGCUUGGCCUGCAUGGAUGGCCUGUAUUGCUCAAUUGUACAUGUGAAAGUAUUAUUGGAUGUUGUGAAAUUUGUAGUAAACUACAUUCAACUAGUUAUUGUACAGUUGAAUUGCAAUAUAUCGUACAAUAUUCAGUUUUCUUGUCA